AUGCCGUCGAGCGAUCUUUUCACUCUCGAACGGGCUGAUUCAGCCAAGAAAGGUCACAGACGACGUGUGUCUUUGAUUCCAAACUGUAGAACCUGCGCCCUUUUCCGGCGAGAUUCGCGCGUGAGUCAGCCGGUUGUGGAGCCAGGUUCCAGCUGGACCCUCAAUUCGUCUCCUCGUCGCUUCCCCACCCACAGCGCAAAGGACCAGAUCGAGAAAAACUGCGCACAACUGCACCGGAAGAUGUGCCCUGCUUGCCCCUCGGAAACAGUGCAUUUCAGUGAAUUAUAA